GAAGACGGCAUUGCCUGGCUGUAUUUUGUAAUUUUUGUUUUAGUCACACAAAUUGCGGCUCAGCCAGUGGGUGGGCGGAUCGAGUGGCAUCAUUUCAUCAGUCAGUGCUGAAUUAAUUUUUUGUUUUAAUUAUCUGAGGUGAUUCGACAGAUCCAGUAAUUGAUAGGCCUACUACAUCCAACUUGGACUGGUCUGCUGGUGGAGUGGUGAAUUUUCGUCUCUAAAACUAUAACAUGGGAGUAGUCAUCCAUUGAUCUGUUACAACAUCCAUCCAGCAACUCAUUGCCCAUCCUGCUUGUUACGUUCCACCAACAACAAAAACAUGGCUGAGUCCAGGGCGGGUAGUGUCCGGAUCGCCGUCUGCCUGGUCUGGAACCUGAUCUCGUCCAUUACCAUCGUCUUCUUAAACAAGUGGAUCUACACCCGCUACAGCUUCCCCAACCUCAGUCUGACCUGCAUCCACUUCCUGACCACCACCCUGGGGCUGUGGGUCUGUCAGUGGUGCAACAUCUUCAACCCCAAGAGUCUUCCCUUCCGCAGCAUGCUGCCUCUCAGCCUGACCUUCUGUGGGUUCGUGGUGUUCACCAAUUUGUCGCUGCAGAGCAACACGGUGGGGACCUACCAAUUGGCCAAGUCCAUGACCACGCCCUGCAUCUUGAUCAUUCAGACUGUCUUCUACAAUAAGUCUUUCUCCACCAAGAUUAAACUGACAUUGGUUCCGAUCACUUUAGGAGUUAUAACAAAUUCAUAUUAUGAUGUCAAGUUCAAUGUCCAAGGAACUAUCUAUGCAGUAGUAGGCUUUUUAGUUACGUCCCUCUACCAAGUGUGGGUAGGUGCAAAGCAGCGUGAGUUUCAAGUCAACUCUAUGCAGCUUCUGUACUACCAAGCCCCUCUCUCUGCCUGCAUUCUGGCACUCAUCGUCCCCUUCUUUGAGCCAGUCUUCGGUGAAAAUGGUGUGCUUAGCUCAUGGGAUGCCUAUGCAAUAUAUUUUGUUCUAGCCUCGGGUUGUGCUGCCUUCUCUGUCAAUUUAUCAAUAUACUGGAUUAUUGGCAACACGUCACCUGUUACCUAUAACAUGGUCGGCCAUCUUAAAUUUUGCCUGACGUUGAUAGGGGGUUUCCUUCUAUUUGGGGAAAAAGUACAGUUUAAUCAGUUGCUAGGUGUUUCCAUGACGCUGAGCGGCAUCGUAGCUUACACCCACUUCAAGGUCAAAGAGCAGGAGGAGGCGGACAAGCAAAUAAAGGCCUAAUGAUUACCUAUUGCAAGGCUUUCAAUAUCCUUGAUUGCUUGAGGUUCAUCCACCGUCUGCCCAUCAUUCCUUCUUCGUGACCACCCCCUUGUAGCUGAUUAGUACCAUCCUUGUCUUUACUUGACACCAGUGUAUUUCUCCAGUUAAACUGGAUGCAGCCAUUAUCUUUUCAGAGGAGAAUUCUCAAGCAUUGUUGUGUAAUAUUUCAUUUUGUAAAUGUGCACCAUUUCCUUAUCAAGUUAAUUUAUGAACUGUUAAAUUGAUAUGAGGUAUUGUUAUUUAUUGUAAAUUGCAUGUAUUGGCAUUAGAGCUUCUAAUACAGCAUCAAAGUAAUAAUGUAAGAAACUGGCUGUUGGCUAGAAGUUACAUGCAUGAAGCUUUUGCAUAAACUUUAAACCAGCACUACAUGAGGCAAUGUCUCUUAUCAGGUCUCUCUCAAUGACGGCCAUCUCUGUAGGAGAACUGCAACUGCGUAUUUUACGCAAUCAAGCAUGCAUUACGCAGUGUUGAAAAUGUUCCAAACACGCGGGCUUGUUGCUCGAAAUGUGUUCGAAAUACAACGCAGCCGAUGCGCGUUAUGCAAGUUGAUGCUCAAAAUGCUGAUGCACGUGGCUGGUCUGGAGGAAAAGACGUCAUUUGAGAGAGAAGUAUAGAAACAUAUAUCAGCCAUUUCUCAAAUCCAGUGUUCAUCUCCAGCUUUGGUUCCCAGCUACGUGAAUGUAGAUCCCUGCCAUUUUGAGACUUGGCCAUUCUUUGCUCCUCAAACAUUGGAUAUUAUAAGAUGAAGCCGAAGCUGGGAUUGAAGCCAACAUUUUAGAAAUGGCUGUGGCCUUAGGUCAAAAGCACCAUGACUGCUAGGCUUGACUCAAGUCACACCAAAGUAUGCUCGGUGAGUCGGCCUCAACCCUCUCUACACAUGCAUGAAUCAGUUGUAUGCUGGUUUCCUCCAUAGGGCGUCCCUUUUUAAUUCUAUGGUUCUCAAGUUGGCCUUGAAGGAGGGUCGGUUGGUCGAAAAAAAAAAAAUCUGGGUUGAAAAAAGUACAUGUUGAAUGCGUAAUUAAGGCUAAAUAAAAUGAUGCAAACUGUUGAAUAUGUGACUGUUCUGAAUUAGCUUUUAUUUCAAAAUAUUGGACAUUACUUUGGCAUUUUUUCCGUGCGAAAUUGGACAGAUUAUCCUUACCUGUGACUUGCUAUAGCAUAAUGAGGAAUAACCACCAUCCUUGAUUUUUUUAAGUUUUAUAUACCAUGUAAAAGAACAACACUUUAGCUUUGAAAUGAUACCAGAUUUAUUUCUGUAGCUCAUUCACUUCCAAAGAUAUGCCAUGGGAAAGUCAGUGGUGCGUUGCUGAACUACGACAACCUCAUUUCGAGAAAAACAGCUUUGAAAAAAAAGUUGUGUGUUGCACUUUGUGCAUUGCAAGCUUUAUGUGCCAUGUGUACGUACAUACGCGUGUGGGACAACUUUGUUACAUUGUAAACAGUUUUUGAGCACACGCUGUAGGCACGCACUCACAGAUUGGAUCGGUGCUGCAAUACAUGUACGUCACGUAUCUAAGUAAACAACACACAGCGCAUGCUCUAUUGCCUAUUCAUACAAUGUGGUCCAAUCAGAUGGAGCUAUUUUUAUUAUGAAGUAAAGCCCCGUGAACUAGACACUGUCAUCGAAACAUCACAGUUUUUUUCCUUCGUUUGGAGCAAAAAAGGGUAGGUCAGAAAUGAGAACCAUAGAAUUAAAAAGGGACGCCCUUACGGCAUGUAAAUAUAAAUGACGACACAGAAAUUCAGACUUGAAUCAAGCCCACAUGUCCAACUGUAAACUUUGUAGGCUCUUCCAUAUUGUUUGGUUUUUACUCAUUUUUCCUUAAAAUGUUAUAAGGCUAAUUCUUAUUGAGAAAGUCAAAAAGAGAUAUUUGUACACUUAGCCUGGAAUAAGUCAACAGAAAGGCUUUCAGGAGUUGGUAGUUUUCAACAGUUACGUUUUGUGCUGUUUUUUCCUAACAGAUUUUGACCUUUUGAGUGUUUGGUUCUAACCAAAAAAAAAUGUUUGUUUUUUUUCUAUUUGGAGCAUCUGCAACCCUCUGGAAAAAAAAUGUGUUUCUUUUCCUUUUUUUUUUCAUUGCACACAAAUGUCUGCCCUGCAAAUAGUCUGGUUUCCGGUCCAUACAUUAUUGAUUCUAAAAGUGGGGUGGGAACCAGUGUUCCCCAUGUGUGUUGACUUAUUGCCGGGUAAAUUAUUCCAUUAGGCCAAAAAAAAAGUCUCCGGUUUCUGGUAUGCGCGCGCGUCGCCGUAGCCAUGCGCGUCGGCAAAAUGAAAAA